CUGCCGCAGCCUUCGGGGGUCCUGCUGACGGCCAAUCCCAGUGGAUGCAGUUGGUGCUGGAGGCCUGGCUAUCCUGCCACCGGUCUCGUUCCCGUGUUUUAGAAUUGUCGGCAUCGCGCGCCCCAUGGUCGCCUCCUCCACCGGGUUUUCAGUUACUAAUGUUACAGACAAUAAAAUAUUGGAGCAUAGAGUUGAGGAAAAGACUUAAACCAGGUUUUUCUUCAGUCAUUUAAAAAUAUGGACCCUGAAGUAGCAGUACCCGCGGACAAAGUGACGCCUCUUCAACAAAUGGUUGCCUCUUGCACAGGAGCUCUGCUGACCUCACUAAUAAUGACACCUAUGGAUGUUAUUAAAAUUCGACUCCAAGCCCAAAGCAGCCAAUUCACUAAAGGAAAAUGCUUUCUGUAUAGUAAUGGACUCAUGGAUCACCUGUGUGUCUGUGAAGAGGGAGGCAGUAAAGCGUGGUAUAAGAAGCCAGGAUGUUUCCAAGGAACACUGGAUGCCUUUUUGAAAAUUACUAGAAGUGAGGGCAUUUCAUCCCUGUGGAGCGGCCUUCCCCCUACACUAGUGAUGGCAGUUCCUGCCACAGUUAUUUAUUUUACCAGCUAUGAUCAAUUAACUGCUUUUCUGAAAUCUAAAUUGGGAGAAAAUGAAACCCGCAUACCAAUUGUUGCUGGAAUUUUGGCCAGAUUUGGUGCAGUAACUGUGAUAAGUCCAUUAGAAUUGAUUAGAACCAAGAUGCAGUCUAAGAAGUUUUCUUACAAGGAAGUACAUCAGUUUGUCAGCAAGGCAGUCUCCCAAGAUGGUUGGAUUUCCCUGUGGAAAGGCUGGUCUCCUACUGUUCUUAGAGAUGUACCUUUCUCAGCAAUGUACUGGUAUAACUAUGAAGCUUUAAAGAAGUGGUUGUGUGAGAAAUCUGGUUUAUAUGAACCGACAUUUAUGAUCAACUUCACUUCAGGAGCAUUGUCUGGUUCUGUUGCAGCUGUUGUGACUUUACCAUUUGAUGUGGUAAAAACACAAAAGCAGACACAACUUUGGAUGUAUGAAAGUCAUAAAAUGUCUAUACCUUCAAGUAUGUCAACCUGGGUUAUAAUGAAGAACAUUAUAGCUAAAAAUGGAGUUUCUGGAUUGUUUACAGGCCUAAUACCUCGAUUAAUUAAAAUUGCUCCUGCUUGUGCCAUUAUGAUCAGUACAUAUGAGUUUGGGAAGGAUUUUUUCCAGAAACAAAGUGUUCAAAGCAAGCAGUACUAGUUACUAAUGUUGUUUCAACUUGAAGUAAUAACUCUAGCCAAAUAAUAAAAUGGAGACAGUUAGGCCAGAGCUCUUUCCAUCUACAAUUGAUAUGAUGUCCUUCUUUCCUGUAAUUUAAAUGUGAACUCUAUUACUCUACCUCUAAAUCAUUCCUAUUUUUAAAAUAAGCUUUGUCAUCCUCAUUUUUGAGAGAAUGAAAGAUUACAGAAAUGAUCAUUAUUGAACAUUCUUAUAGUAAAAGAAAAUUUUCUUAGUUUGUAAGCAAUACCCCGAGAAUUUGAUGUCUGUGUUUCAGUGUAACUUACUCUCGUUGAGUACACUGCUACAACUUUUUGAAUUGUGUGUUAAAUGAUUACACAGGCUUUAAGGGAAAAUAUCACUUUUGCACAUUUAAAUCAUGGUCAGAGAUAUGUACAUUUUUUAGUAAGGCAGCCAUUAAAUAGUUUUUGUAUUUACCAAAUAUUACCUACUUUUAGAUAAUAAGUGCUACAUUGUUAUCUAGCUUAUUUCUUUUAAUCCAAAUAUAAGAAGCCCUGGUGGCACCUGGCUGCUAUCCGGAGAGGUCGGUGGUCUCUCCGGGGAAGAAACAUGUAGCAGUCGGCUUCUGUAAACACUGAGUCUUGGAAACUCUACAGGCAUUUCUACUCUGGUCUAUAGGGUGGUUAUGAAUGAAAAUUGAGUGGACAGCACAUGAUGAUGAUCCAAAUGCAUUAGGUUUUUUUUUUUUUUCACCAACCCCCAUCCGUUACUAUUUUAAGGCUUCGUAUCCAUACCUCUAAUGAAAGUUACGGAUAUUUUCUCUUUUAUGAACAAUACAGUUAUGUGAUGUGGAUACUGCCAUUUUUGUUGGCCAAACUUGUAAGUUUCUUUACUGUUUAAGAAGGAAUUCUUUCCUGAUUGGAGUAAAGUUGAACCUCAAUCAGGCUUUGGUGUACACUGCAAAGUCACCUUGCAUAUUAACUAGUAAAAAGAAGACUGGGUACAGAAUGAGCCUCUGAUUUUUAACUAUUUUGUAAUUCCAGCAUCAUUGUUCUUGGGAGUUUUCUAGAUAAUUUCUAAUGGCUUGUUCUGACAUUAGAGAGAUCACGACUACAUGGGUCACAAAACACUUCAAUGUCCAGUGAGUUCAUGCCAUCUCACAGUAUUAUGCUAGGCCAAGACACUCAACGAGCAGCCGUUUCCUGGAAGAAAUUGGUUUUGGUCACUGUGUAAGCUAAGAUCUCAGUAAUUUAGUUUUUCAAUAUACUUGGGAAUGAAGUAAAGAGUGUGAUGCCAGGAUAAAAAAUAGUAUUUUUUUGUACUUGUAGUUUCAUUUUUCUCCAGAUGAUCUAUAUCCUAUAAUAAUAAAUACUUUAUUACAUUCUAUGUAUAUUUUACAAAAACAAGUACUUUUUAAAAAUGGAAUGUAUUUAUGUUACGAACCUUCUACAGUUUCAGUAGGGCAAUAAGUACACUUUGUAUUAGAGUAGGAAAGUAUGUUUCACCUGAAACAAACUGUAUAUGCUUUGUUUAUGUAGUCUUUUGUGUUUAUUUUAUCCUUUGUUGAUUAACCUUAAAGUUGCAAAUUACACAUUCAUAUAAACAAAUAACUUUUUUAUAACCUUCAUAAAAGUACUGUGCUUUUAGUCAAAUAUUUUAAGUAAAAAUAAUUAUCAAUGCUUUACUAUAUAUGAAAUUAUAUAUAUAGUAUAUCUAUACUAUAUAUAUGAAAGUUUACCUUGAACAUUGCUGUUCAACAGUAUUAAAUUCUAAUUUACUUUGGUUUUGCUAUCUCUAUUUUUGAUAAUUGACUGGCAGAAAAACUUAUAACUAUAUUCUCAAAAAGCACCUAUAGAUUUCAACUUGAAUAUGUUAUAAAUACCACGAGAAGUGUCCAUUCCUGUACUACAAGAAAAUUGUAAUCAUCUUUGUGGUUAAAUAAAUCUAAUGUUACAUGUAUUUUAACUCAAGGGAAAGAAGGCUGAAUGAGAAUGAAGACAUACUAAAGAGGUAAAGGAGCAUUCAUACUUUUUUUAAAAAGCAACAAACAAACCAAGACGGGUUGGCUAGAAUUUUAAGCAUUUUUCCGAAUAAUAUUUCCAAUCUAAAGAGUACUUUUAUAUGCUUAGUCCAUAAAUGACAAAUAUACUACAUCUUUUAUCUCCACUGCCCUGAGUUCUAGCUUAUAAAAUAAUUGAAUUAUAUUGGUGGUGACUAAAUAUUCUCAGAUUGUCCUUAGAUCAGUAGACAAAUUUGUCAACCUCAUGGGUUUCCCAGUCUUUUUAAUACAAAGGCUACAGGAUUUGUAGUAUUUGUAAACCUAUAGUUUCCAAAACCUACAAAACAUUCUAUUAACAAAUAUUACAUUGUCUUAUAUAUUACUUAAAAGUAAUUUUUCAAAUAUUGUUUUGUUCAACUUAUUAGAUGUGUUACCUUUAAUAUAAUUCACAUUACAUGGUUUUAAAAGGUAGGUAUGAAGUUAAAAUCUCUUUUUUAAAAACUUCUUUUUCCCCCUAAGUAAAUUAUUCAUUAUACCUACUCAACCUCACAGACUCCUCUACUUCAAACCCUUCCCUUCCUUUUUCAUGACCCAAAGUUCCAGAGAUGGGGGAAAGUUUAAUGUAAUAUAUUUGAAUUUUUUGCCAAGUGAACUUUCAAAUUAAAAAAGCAACAGAACUGCAUUUAUCUAUUAAUCUAGUCAAUAUUAUGACUUUUUAUGUGGUAGAGUGUAUUAAAAAACACUGAAGAUACUGCCCACAAGGAGAUCUGAGUGAUGCCAAAAGUAUGCUAUAGGAGUUAUGGAGAGCUGAAGGGAAGAGAGAGUGGGCAGGAAAUGCUUCUAAGAUUCGGACAGGUAAGUAAUUUAAUUAAAAACAGGACAGAUAAAAGUUUCAGUAAGAGAACUAAAUUCAAAUCCAAAAGGCUUGAGCAAGGAGUAUGCAUGGGAAGGGGAGAGAGCAAACAGGCAGUGCAAUCAAGGGUAUUGUGUGGCAGAACAAGAAGGCAUGAGGAAAUCCAAAGAUUAUACUCGCCAACAAACAUUGUGGUGCUUCAAAUGUUAGACAUUUCUGGGGAUAUUUGACUUGAGGAUUAAAAAAAUGCCAUGUUUUUCCUAUCAGCUUGCUUUUUUGAGAUACAGAACAUAUGCCAUAUACCACUCUUUACUCUGCUUGCCCAUAAAAAUCAGGAUAUUUUAAUGUAUUAUUAGCUAGCUUGAGAUAGAGGAAGUGCAUGCUGGCUUUACUUAGUUUGUGAUGUACUAAAUAUUUAGGUCAAGUUGUACUUCACAUGGUAAACUUUGCUCCAAAGAUGUAUUUGAACAGUGCAAAUUACAUGAACUUGGAAUUUUCCCCAAAUAUAUUUCACCUUAAGAUUGGACUAGCAGGCAGUUCCAAUCUGUUAUCGUAAAAAGGUACCAGAAAUAAGUUACCGUACAAUAAGGACUCUCGAUGGCGUAGCGGGUUAUGCGUUGACUGCUAACCACAGGUCAGCUAUUCCAGCCCACACGCCGCUCUGCAAGAAAAAGAUGAGACUUUUGCUCCCAUGAAGAUUUACAGCCUCCUUCCUACCAGGGUCAUUGUGAGUCGUUAUCGACUGAUUGAUAGUGAGUUUGGUACAAUAAAUAGACAUUCAAAUGUUCUUAAACCCAAAACGGAUCUGUGAGAGUUCAAAAUGUUCCAGUCUUGUUAUGACACAACUCUUCCAUCUGUGCAUAGAAACUCUUUAAAUGUUAAAAAUGUUUCUUAAUAAAGAAGUUUAUUAAUAAAGUGGGUGAAGUGAGAUGUCGGACAGGGAAAGA